UGCUUGGAUGUCUAUAUGCCCCUUUGUCCUCGUCUUCUUUCACUUGGCCUUCUCUCUCCUCCUUCCCUCUUCAAAAUAUUCGGAGCCGCUAGGUUUGCUUCAAUGGCGGACCAAACCCAAUUCGAAUCUCAGAAAACCCAGUUACAAAAUGACCCAAAUAUUGCAAUAAAUUACCCAGUGCCACUGUCUCCGCCAUUGCCAGCCGUGUCCAAGCAAAUGGAGCUGAGCAGAGCCAUGGAAGCUUCUUCGAAAUCGAACCUUUUUUCUCUCUCUAGAACUGAUGUGAUCUUGGAGGACGAGUGGAUCAUUGCUGUGAAUAAGCCUCAGCGGGUGUAUUGCGAGACCGUCUUGUCUUCGAUCCCGAGUUUGCUCAACGAUUCCAAUGACUCGGCUGAACUCGGGACCCAAGUCAACCUCCAAGAGCUCCAUCUCGCUAAUAGGCUUGAUCGUGACACAAGUGGGGUGAUGUUGAUAACCAAAUCACACAAAGUAGCUGCUAAGCUAGUGAAGGCUUUUACAGACCACAAGGUUAGGAAAACAUACAUUGCUUUCUGUGUUGGGAAAGCUCCAGAAUGGGAAAGAAUCACUAUUAAGUCAGGUCAUGGUCGAUCAAAGUUUGGAGCUUGGCGUGUGUAUGCCACAUCAGAUGUUGGUCUGUCAUUACCUGGUGGAUCAGUUGUUAGAGAUAUGCAAACUAUUUUUGAAGUAAUAUCGGUAAAUGGGCAGGGGUGCUCCAAAGAGUCAUCUGAACUCACCAAGGAUCAGGAAAAAGGUAUAGUUGUUGAAGAAAAGUCUGUAACAGACACUAAUGUGAAGAAAGACGAAAUUUUGGUGCGAGCAUACCCACAAAGUGGAAGAACUCAUCAAAUUCGCUUGCACUGCCAGUAUCUUGGAAUUCCCAUAAGAGGAGAUGUGAAAUACGAGGGUGUUUUUGAGUGGAAAGGGAGAAAAUAUGAUGGCCAUGAACUUCAUGCAGAGAGCUUGUCUUUUGAGCACCCUGUUACAGGUCUUCCAGUUGUGUUUCAUGCGCCUUUGCCACUGUGGGCAAGCCAAGCACUGCAUCCAGUACCAUGUUAAAUGUAGUUACCUAUCAUCAAUCCGUAACUUUCAAGGGAGAUCUCAAGAACAUGGUUGUCUUGAGGGAAGCUAAUAUUUGCUCUGGAAUGGAGAUCUCUAUUUAUGGGAGUGAGAGGGGUUGGUUGAUGUAGCCCUUUACUUGAGCCAUCAGCUGAGGAUUUAAAUGACCUCUCACAGGUAGCAUGUGAUGUUGAGGAACAUGGAGUUUUGGAAGUAGAAGUUGCUAUGAUCACUGAAUUGCAGCAGAGUUUCCUGGCUUUUUGCAGCUGGAUGGGACUAUUGAAGCAAACUGGGUACGGGUGGGAGUCAGUGGGGGGAAUGUUGAUAUUCUGAGGAUGCAAGACAUAUAACACAAUAGAACUAUGCACAUUUUGUUGAAAAAGCAAACUGGGCAAGGGCAGGAAUCCUAGGAGGAUGAAAAGAGGGGCUGACAGGGGCCAACUGUUGAUAUUCUGAGGAUGCAAAGCAUCAAACACAAUAGAACUACACGGAUUUUGUUGAAACAAAUUUGUGUCGUAUGUUUCCACAAAAUUUGAGUAGUUCUAUUGUAUUAUAUGCGUUGUAUCCUCAGAAUAUCAACUGGUUGCCCCGCUCAGCCCCUCCUUUUGUCCAUCAUUGACUCCUACCCUUAAUUUGAUUCAAUAGUCUCAUAUGUAAUUCGAUUGUGUUAUACAUUUUGCAUCCUCAGGAUAUCAAUAGUUGACCCCUUCAUACUAAAUUAGCUUAGGAAACUAAUUAAGUUUGUGCUCAAAUUUGUUUUUGCUUUUAUGACAUGACAGUCAGUUGAUGCGGAAGCAUACUAAACUACCCAGCUGAAGCCAUUUCCACUGUGUAUUUGUUUAGCAAAGCAAUUUUAAGCAUUUCAUGGUUUUGAUGAA